CAGCAGAGUAGGAAGAUGGCGGGCCGAUGGCAGCUGCUGUGUGAGACGUAUCAGCGGGCUGUUACUGCGUCUGAUGUGGAGUCCCGAAACGAUCCCGAGAAUGAGCCCUAUCGCUCCAAGUACCGGGCUCGAGAGCUGCUGGAGGAGGCGCGGGCCUUACUGCGACCCCGGGAAGAGGAGGAUGACGGCGGGCAGCGGCAGCAGGCAGAGGAGCGGCUGGAGGGAGCGGCGGGGGAUGAGGAGCGACUCAUGGCGGCUCGCCUGGCGGUAAUCGAGUUCCGUCUCGGGGUAAAUCAUACAGAGACGGAGGAGAUGUCUGCGGGGGAGGAACAUCUGGUGAGGACCGGAAAGAUCCUAGAGCCGUACCGUCUGACGGAGGAGUGCGUGUCCGUCUACAUCCAGGCGCAGAAUAAUCUUGGAAUUCUCUGGGCCGACCGAGGAGAGAUAAUAGUGGCGCAGGCUUACUUGGAAUCUGCCGAGUCCUUGUAUUAUCAGUAUAUGAAAGAGAUCGGCAAACCCCCUAUGGAACCAGAUGAACAUUUCUCACCUGAAGAAAAAAAGAUUACCGAACAAGAGCGGUCAAAAAGGUUUGAGAGGGUGUACACCCAUACGUUGUACUACCUAGCCCAAGUCUACAAACACCUGAAACAGGAUGAGAAGGCUGCGCAGUACUGUCACACAACACUGCAGAGACAACUGGAAUACGAUGGCUACAAUCCAAUGGAGUGGGCAAUCAACGCAGCCACGCUGUCCCAGUACUAUCUGGGAAAGCAAUGCUUCAUGGAAUCCAGACACUGCCUGGCCGCAGCGAAUGUCAUCUUUAGCAAAGCUGAACACGUCCCUUCUCCCGAGUCUGCAAAAGAAAAUGAGACUGAACAGGAACGUCUUGAUCUUGUUAGACAAAAGAAAGCCGAAAUAGCAAGAUGUUGGGUCAAGUACUGUCUGAACUUAUUGCAGGAUGCACGGAAAAAGCUUGAGGAUAAUAUUGGCGAACUUGAUGUGGAUAUUCAAGAUGAACUUAAAGCUCAAAGGAAAAAAGAAAUUGAUGAGAAAGAAAAAGGUCGGAAGAAGGCAGUUCUGUUCGGAUCAAGUGAUGUCUAUGAUUCCAUCUUGGCAGUAGAAGAAAAGGUUGAUUGCUCAUACCCUCUGGAUUUUAAAGAAGCAAGAGAGAUUUUCCUCGUUGGGCAAAACUAUAUCAAUGAAGCAAAGGAGUUCUUCCAGUUGGACGGACAUGUCACUGAUCACAUUGAAAUUGUACAGGAUCAUAGUGCUUUGUUUAAGGUUCUAGCCUUUUUUGAGGAGGAUUAUGAAAGGCGCUGUAAAAUGCACAAACGCAGGGUAGAUAUGUUAGAACCUUUAUGUAAAGAGCUGAAUCCGCAGUACUAUCUCCUGGUCUGCAGGCAGAUCCAGUUUGAGUUGGCUGAUACGUAUUAUGAGAUGAUGGAUUUAAAAGUUGCCAUCGGUAAUAAACUGGAUGAGAUGGACAUGCACACAAUCAAAAAAAUCAAUACUUUAGCCCAGUCAGCAAUUAAUUAUUAUGAAAUGUUUUUGGACUCCUUAAGAAACCCAGACAAGAAGUUCCCAGAGAAACUUGAUGAUGAUGUUCUUCGUCCUGCCAUGGUGGCCAAAUUUCACAUUGCACGCCUUUAUGGAAAGCAUAUUUCAACCGAUCCAAAGAAGCAGCUAGAAAAUAUUCAGAAGUCUCUAAAUUAUUAUUCGUUUCUGGUAGAUUAUUGCAAAAAAUACGAAGAAGCCAUCAAAUCUGUUGAAACAGAACUGGAACUUAGUAAGGAAAUGGUGGCUCUUCUUCCUACAAGAAUGGAAAGGUUAAGACUGCAAUUAUCCUCCUAAUGCAAUGCAUUUGGGUGGUGAAUUAAAAUAUUUCCUGACAUAUUUAUUAAUCCUCUCAAUACCCUAGUUAAAAUAUCACACACAUCAUAUACUAGAAUGGGAAAGGAUGAAAGCAGCAAUGAUUGUAAAGAAUUUCAUGUAAUAAUGUGGCUGCUGUAAAACUAAAGCCAUAAUCAAUUUUGGUCUAUGACAAAAAAAAUAUAACCAUGGGCUUGUGUUGGCAGUGUCAGAGCU